AUGCCCGACGUCAGGGAUAUUAGAUCUUUCUUCAAGCCUGCUGAGAGGCCAUCAGAGAGGCUGACCCCGCCUCGAGCCACAACACCAACUACGGUCAGAGUAUGGCCGUCCCCGCGGCUACCAACACGUCAACGCGAUGCCCCCUCUGGCUCGGGAACCGCUACCGCCACCGCGAAUCCCAUACCCCCGAACCGACCUCCAACCAAUUCCCAGUCCUCCGCCAAUUCCACAGCGAGCAAGAAGGCACUCUUGAACGGAAACAUUGUCAUUUUGAACUCGGACUCAGACUCCGAACCCGAUCUGUUCGAAGAACUUGACUUCGGUCUCAGCAAACCUCCGCCGCAAAAGGUUACAUUGAACAGCCAUGGGAAUCCCGAGCAUCGGCAUGGCGCGUAUUCUACGCCAUCGGUUCUGCUCAAGAAAGACGACGAGUUGAAAAAGCCACCAAAACCUACACAAACUUCAGUAUCGACGCUGAACCGCCUAGUGAAGGAAGCUCAGAAAAGCGCAGAGGAAGAGCAGAGGAUGAAGAGCCUGUGGGCGGACCUGGAGAAACCCGUGGAAUCGACAAUUGAGGAGCAGCUAGCCAUUGAUGAGGAUGUUUUGGCAGGCAUAGUGCACGACGAUGACGACGGCGACGACAAAGCGAAAAGACUCUACCUUGCAAUGCAGAGGACGAAUGCGCUCGACACCGACUGCGUAUUCCACCUUUUCGGGGAUUCAAAGAGAGAAGCUACGCGCUCGAUGAAGUUUCCGGCACAUGCAUUAUCCAGCUGUGGAUGGACUGCGUGCUUGGAAGAUCCUCUACAACGAGAUCAAGCGUUCCUAUCUGGCUUUGCUCAGCAGGUAUUCCAGUACCAGACGCUUCCACCUGAACUGGCGGCAUGGAUGGUCGAUCAGAUCUGUGCUGGCUCAAUACACAGUCUCUCUGUUGUAUAUAUGCAGCUUCUUGAGUCGCAUCCAGAGCACCUGAAGACUUAUCUCAGCAAGGCCCAACUAGAGAAGAUCUUUUCCGGACUAGGCGCUUCCAUCGAGAAGCACGAACAGGAUAUCCGCCCUAUUUUCGAAUUACCACACAGUUCCAAGAGGUCUCUGCCGUCGCACCUCAAAAGUGUGCUUGAGCUAGUACGAUGCGCAGCCAAGUGCCUUUCCCCUGAGCCUAGAAAAUACGCCUUAUCAAUCCUCCUUCUCAUGUCCAUGGACGCCAGCGUCAUCUCCGAUGCAUCCACCCUCCUCCUACUUCAAGACACGCUCGAAUCUCUCAUCCGUCACAUCCCCGACCGCGAUCCCAUGCUCACAAACCUAACCACCGCCCUCGUCCGGCGCCUCACCCAUCCUAUCCUCCAAAACACGCUCAUCACGCACCUCCCCACCAAAUCCCCGCUAUCAGCAACCUUCCGCCGGCAUCUCGCUCUCUCCUUCCUCCUCGGUCCAGCCACACCGAUCCCCGCCUCCCUAUCCGAAACCGAUUUCUCGCACCUUAUCCACACGUACCUAUCCACCGACCCCGCCCUCAAAAUCACCCGCCACACAGACUACGCCUCGCUCGCCGCCACCAUUUCCCUCCUCGACGUAGCCAUCGGAACCGGUCCCUUGCCCGUCCCUUGCCAACCUCCUGCUCCGCCUCAGCGGGACUCCAACUCAAUACCAUCCUCGACCUCGGCGGCUACUUGGCGCUUCAAGGGCCCCAGCCGCUCCGUGCUGACGGCCGAGGAGAUAUCCUUCAACAAGGUCAUUGAUGGCCUCGUCCAAAGCAUCAAACUGCUCGGCAACGGCAUUGUCGAAGCGGGGGCGAUCAGCGAUCUGAGUCGGUUGGAGGCCAAGGAUGGGUUGGAGCGGUUGGUGCGUAGACUGGAGAGCGCGGUGAGGAUUGGGGGCAGGAGGAAGAGGGCGGUUUUUGAGGUGGAUGAGGAGGACUGGGUGGGGGAGGGGGAGGGGGAGAUGGAGAAGAAGAGGAGGGUGGUUGAGAGGUGGUUUGGAGGUCGGAUGAAAGAUGGAGGAGGGGGAGAUGGAUGUGGAGGAGGGGAAGGGUGA